UCGAUGUCAUGCAUGAACGUUCUGUACGAAGGGAUUCAGAUUCAAUGGAGGGGCACGAGCUGCUUGCAGCUCAGAUCAGGAGUUGUGCAGCAGUGGUGGUUGAGCCAAGUAAAUCUUCUGGGCCUAAUGUACCAGUCACAUAUGCUCAUGAAGCGUUGCAUUGAGCAUCGUUUACAUAGCAGCAUUGCGUGUCGAUGGAUAGUGAAAGGUUAGGCGAGAUGAGGGCGCUGGUCAUCUUUGCAAGGCUCCCUGUCCCAGGAAAAGUGAAGACAAGGCUGGCUGCUGGCAUUGGCCCCGAGGCAGCAGCCUCCUUCUACAAGGCCAUGGCGGAGCAGAUUGUUGUCGAAAGCGCAAAAUGCAACACAAACAUAGUGCGGUAUCUCUUCCAUUCAGAGCCGAACGACCGAGAAGGGGUCCAGGAAUGGAUGGCGGCGCUGGGGCAGAAAGACACUCUGAAGCUUCGAGUCCAGUCCACCAAAGGAGAUGUCGGAGGCCGCAUGCGGGACGCCUUUGAAGAGGUUUUCAAGACCGGCGUUGAUCAGGUGGUGCUGAUCGGAACCGACAUCCCGGAUUUGACGGCGGACGUCAUGGAACGGGCUUUUAAAGCGCUCGAAACGGCUGACGUCGUACUGGGGCCCGCCGCUGACGGCGGCUACUACCUUAUCGGGCUCAAGCGGUUGCACGAAGUCCUUUUUGAGGGGAUUCCGUGGAGCUCCUCUGAGACUAGGGCUGCAACCAUCGCUGCUGCUGAACGUGCGGGUCUGAGAGUUGCCCCGUCCUCGAGCCUGCCAACUCUCGCAGAUAUUGACACCCUAGACGACCUAGAGAACUGGUAUACAUCAGCUCGAACAGAAGUGCACGUGUCACCAACAGGCCCGGGGACCGUGGCAACCACGUCCACCGGCCCCCCCGCUAGCGCCGGGCCGCCCGCACAGCGCAGAGCGUCAUACCCCACGGAGCAUAUCCUGGUGGUGAAAACGACUCGCCGGGACAGGUUCCUCACUGAGUUCAACACCCACCUCAAGGAUCCCCUCCUCGCCGCGGGUUUCGGCCGCCGCACGAUCAUGGACGUGGUCCAAACCUGGCGCCCGUUCACCAAACGCGGGUACCCAAAACGCACAUGGGCGAUGAGCUUCGGCUCGGUGGCAGACACGGAUGCGGCAUGGGCCAAGUACGAGCCCCUUAGGGAGGCAGUUUUCGCCCAGGGACUCCUCAUUGAGAAGUGCAUGCCCAAGGAGGAGGCGGCGCCGGCGAACGCGGCCGCGCAUGUUCGCACCACCACCCAACACACUCAAGCUAUUGCAGCGGCGGAGACACUGGCGCCCACCGACAACGCGACCGGCCGUAAUCUGACGCCGGACGACUUGCAGGACCUGGCCAGAUUCCUCUGCGACCGCCUCAUCAAGGGCAAGACCCAGGAGUAG